AUGAAUAAUUAUUUCACCAACACUCAUGGAGGACCUCCACCACAGUCCAAUCCUCUAAGUUUUCCAUCAUAUAAUUCAAGUCAAAUAACACCCCGAAUCCAUGAAAAACCAACCAAUCCCACACCAUUAUCAAAUUUGAAACAUAGACUUCCAUUACCUCAAGAGAGUCAGCAUCAUCAACAUGGAUCCCUACAACAUCCAAACCAUCAUAAGGCUCUACCUACACAAUUACACACAUCAUCAGCAAAUAAUUCCGGUAAUGGAUCAGUCAUGUCAUCACUCCCACCUCCAUCAACAUCAGAAACAACCACUAAACCGGAUUCUGAUGGUAUAGAUACCGAUAAGCCUAAAAGAGAACGUAAGAAUAGACCAGGACAAAGAUUUGGAGCCAAAAAGAAAAGUUGGGUAUGGUCUUGGUUCAUACAAGAUACCACUAAUCCAAAUAUAGCGGCUUGUGAUUAUUGUGGAAAAGUCAUCACUAGGUUACCUAGUGAUAAAGGGUCACCAAAGAAAUUGAGUGAACAUUUGAAAACACAUAAGUUAGAUAAAGAAUCUAUCAAUCAUACCCGUCAAAUACCUAUCGAUGGUAACGGAGUCACUUAUCAUGGAAAUGGCAACGGGACAUCUAUAAAUUUCGAUAAUUAUCAAAAUAAACCACAACCCCAAUCACCUCCUUUGGGACCAAUGACCAUCGCUGGAGUAUCGAUGGGAAAUACAGGGAUUGCAUUAGAUAGGCCAGAAUUAAGAACAAGUAUCAGUUCUAUAGAUUCCAUCAAUACCAAAUCUAAACCUGAAAUCAAUUAUGUGAAUCAGCGAAGAUAUUUAUCAGCUGACUUCGAUAAUUCUCCAUAUACGCCGAUGAAGUUUCAGAAACAUUUACUUGAAUUCUUAAGUGAAAACAAAUUAAGCAUCAAUGCUAUAAAAUCUCAUUCAUUCCAACAAUUAGUCUAUGAUUUAAGAUCUGAUUCAAUGGUUGAUUUGCUGGAAAUAACGGGAUUAUUUUCUACCUUAUUAGAGGCAUCCCGAUCUGAAAACCAAAAUAAUUCUUUGCCUAUUGAAGAAGUUAAUUUGGCUCAAAACUUAGCUCAGACUGUCGAACGUAAAGAAACCACGAGCUAA